AUGACGGCACCCGGCACUCCAGGAGCCCCGCACGCAGCAGUAGUAAUGGUCCUGAUCAACGUCAAGCACCUGAGCAAGGACCUGCCUAUGAUCCCUGGCAGGCCUCACGAGCUCGAAGACUCCCCUCCAGCUUAUGAGCCGGUUGCAUCUACGACUUACGACCCGUACAUCCAGCACGUCGCCUCAGAGCCUACACAGCUCGUCCAGAAGCCAGAUACGCAUUUCUCCGCCGAACCCGCCCCCGCUGAUGUCGACCGCAAACCUGAAGAUACGGCUCCUCCCUCUACCCAAUCUCUUCAAGUGCCAGGGCCUUCGCGAGGGCAACACUCCUCCGAAAGCGAUGUAUCCGUGCCGUUGCCCCAGCCGCCGCCCAUACGGCCAGCACGCAGCGAACUUUCCCUCUCAUAUCCCUCGUCCACCAAGCGCCGACCUCAUGCCCGCCGUCGAGCCUCUGGGAGCGACUACCGGAGCUCCCGGCCUCACAGCAUGCUGCGUCUCUCAUCCGCGCUGUCUGACAAGAGCAAGGAGCGCACCGCAUCCAAAUCGCCCAGCGGUACCGUCACACCGCUGGAUGCCUCGGAAAUCAUGUCGGGCUUCCUCCGCGACCUCCUGACGAGACAGUUGGUAGUGGAGCAGUCCGCGGAGGUCGUCCUCAAGGGGUGCACCGACGCGUGUCGGGAAUAUGGCUUAUCGCUGGCAGCCUUGCUGCAGGAGCCCAUCGUUGAGAGCCACACCCCGAUCUACUGGGCAGUGGUCAAGUGCGGUCCUGGCCCGCAAACUAGCUUUAUCCACGAGUUGCUCAGCGCAUUCCUCACAUGCGCCGCUCCGCUAACGGAGGCGACGCUCUCCGACAUACGACAUGCGUGUCUCGAGAACCCCAUCCAGGAGCUAUUCCAAUGGAUCCGCCGCUUGCCUGCUAUCACGCCCCUCAUCGGUGCUGCCGAGGUGCUUUUCAGCGGCGAAGUGCCCGAAGACGAUGUCGUCGUGGAGGAGCUCUCAGGAGACAAGGACAUGUUCGUCGGUCAUUUCCGCAUCCUCAUGUUCCAGAAGCGCAUGCGCGUGCUCAAGCACGUUGAUAUCGAGUUCAUCGCUCGAGGCAGACUUUGGUGCUUGAAGGUGUAUGUCGCGACUGCGGAGGAUGCCCGUAAAAUGCGUCAUGGUAUCAGGCCAGGAGCAUGGGUCGUUACGCUCUCGCUGCUAGAAGGCAGUCAACCUACAUGGGUCGACUCUGGUUUCAUAGUCUGCAACAAUGACGGCACGGCAACGCAGAUAGAAGGCAACCACGCCAACUGGCUACGUCUGAAGCACAACCACCAACUGACGGCCCCUCCUCACUCCGUCUCAGCCAGUUCAUUCUUCAAAGACGCAUUUGCCGUUGACUGUCUCUCGUCAGGUAGCCCUUACGUCCAAUCGGACGGCUCUCUGAGCAUCAGGCUGGAGGCCAGUCUCAGGAAGGAAGACACAGGUUGUAUCAUCUGCUAG